AUGUCUCAAGAGGGUAAUGCUCAAAUUCCUACAAAUUUCAAAUUCUACUUUGAAGCCAUGACAGAGAGAUUUGAAAGAUUGAACUUCAAGUUCGUUGAAAUGCAAGAUAGAAUAGAAAGAGUUGAACAAAGGGAGCAACAACGCAGAACUUUAGAACAUCAAAAUGAAGAUGAAACCAAUUCUACGGUUGAUAUGAGGCAGAAUGAGCGUCGAAAUGAAGGAAGAAGAGUGCGUAAUGAAGAAAAGGUUGAUAAUAACCUAGGAAGUAUCAAGAUGAAGAUCCCAUCUUUCCAAAGCAAAAAUGAUCCAGAAGCUUACUUGGAGUGGGAAAGAAAGAUGGAGUUGGUGUUUGAUUGUCAUAACUACUCGCAAUUGAAAAAGGUAAAAUAUGCUGCCAUAGAAUUUUCUGAUUAUGCUAUUGUUUGGUGGGAUCAAUUUGUGUCAAACAGGAAGAGACAUGGUGAAAGUCUCAUUAAAACAUGGGAGGAAAUGAAAGCUAUCAUGAGAAGGCGAUUUAUUCCAAGUGACUACCAUAGGGACUUAUUUAAAGAAGCUCUUAGUGGGUUGAUACAGUAA